AAAAAAAUCUGGAAAGUUCUGCAAAAAAAAAAAAAAUGUAUAUAUAUAUAUAUAUAUAUAUAUAUAUUCGCCGCAUAACUCAAAGCCCAAAACCCUGGACACGGGGUUUAGUGGCGGUGACCACCCAAAACAGUGCCAUUUUUAGACGUUUACUGCUGACGUUUCCAGAGGCUUCAAAUAGCUUCCGUUUUACUCUGGUAGUGAUUGGACUGCUCUGUACUUACCCACGGAGCUAACGCGGUGGCUGAACAAGUCCGACAUUCUACACUUCAAUGGAGGAACAGCCCAAAGAUCGGGCACAAGAGAGACCAUACCACCACCACGGAGAGGACAGACACUCUACUCAACACACAACUUGUCUAAAACAUGAUCAGAGCCACUUCCAGCGCCAGCAUCAGGAAACGCAGACGAAGAAAACAGGCAGUAAAAAAGUAAACAUCAGUGAGGAGGAGGGGGAGAAGAAUACACAUCUGUCUGAUACUGUUGGUAUGUCGCACCCCCCCAACAGUAAUGGUAACAGAUGUAAUACAAAUGUGAAGCAGAAGUCAACACAAAAGCUGUACGCGACUGUUCCCAAAGUGAGCAGCAAAGGAUUGGACCAUAAGAAGAAUAUGGACCUUAAAAAUGACAAGGAUAAGAGCCUGGAUUUGAAUCACCAUGAGGGCCAACCUUUGGAUAAGAAAGACGCUGUGUUGCUUCAAAAUGGCGUCGUAAACUGUGGCUUAAUUACAAAUGGCUAUUCUAGCAAGGACAAUGAUGGCAGCGGCUCCGAAGGUGGAUAUACUACUCCUAAAAAACGCAAGGCCAGAUGUAACAACGGCAAGAACACUGAUAAUGUGAUAAGAGAAAAGGAGAAAGACAUGCAGCAGGGCAGCACUACACAGGAGCAUGGGGCUUUUAAUCUUGAGACGACUGAGAAGGGAGUAACUUCUAGACUCGAUGGCUUUAGAGCCGCCCAUAAAGUAGAAGCUCAGUCAGCAGCUAGACGGGCUGUUGCGUCAGAGGCUUCAGUGGGUGAAUCUCAGAGGAAAAACUCUGAUGGCAAAAUAGUUGGCACCUUCGGUAAAAAGACUGAGGAAAGGCACAAAGCCAAGCUUUCCUCACCUUCAAAAGAGGACUCAUGGACUCUGUUCAAGCCCCCUCCAGUAUUUCCUGUGGACAAUAGCAGUGCUAAAAUUGUUCCCAAGAUCAGUUAUGCAAGUAAAGUAAAAGAAAACCUCAACAAAGUAGCUCAAGGUGGAGGAGAGGCACUGCCUCCUACUGUUAGACUAUCACAGGUCCCCAUGUCUGCUAUGAAAACUAUCACCUCAGCUAGCUUUACUAAUGGUCCUGUUUCUGGGAAUGGAAACAGCUGCCCAGUGGGUACCUUCUUCGCUCCUGCUGCUAGUAGUAUUCCACCAGCCCCAUCUAUCCCAAGUGGCGAGAAUGUAGCAUCCCCUUUGGAAAGUAACUGUAGCUCUACAACUAGUCCUGUAGAUGGAGAAGCAUAUGAUCUUAGAAAGUGUACUCUUUUAAUUUACCCUUUAAAUAUGCAACCUGUGCUCCCUAGUGCUCGGCACCUUGACCCACCGGCUGCUCAGACAAAUCAGAAAGCCUUGGGAGAUAUCUUCCAGAAUCAGUGGGGGCUUUCCUUCAUCAAUGAGCCCAACCUGGGCCCAGAAGGAGGAAGUGGCCAGGUGCCUGCAGAGGACAAGACUACUGUGGUCACACCUCAAAGCGAGUGUCACGCUGUUGCAGCCAAGGCUGCCCAGCCCUGCUUUGAUGUUAGCCCAUCAUUCUUAGAGCCUGGCACUUUGGCUCAAGACCCUGAGAAAAGGACUUGUGCCCCUUGCAGUGUGUCUAAUGUUUGCUCUCCUGCUUGUGUGAUGAGUGAGGAGGAGAACAAGCUGGAGCCAUGUGGUCCGGAAAAGACAAAAGCUGAGGGCAAGGGUGCAGGUUCUGCUGCGUCGGCCUCCAGUAAAGACAACGGUGCUAAGCCCGCGCAGGGCCAGCUAACCACUUUGUUGUUUGGUUCAUCUAAAGAACAGACCCACUCUAAAGACAUUGGCAGAAGGCGUAGCUGGGGGUCCUUUGACAUUAAAGCUGCUGUCACUUAUCACACUAAAGAAAUGGAAUUCAUUUUCAACUUGCAAAAACAAGAUCCAAAAAGAGUAGUGGUUUAUGAUGAGACCAAGGAUGGACCUGAUCAGUGAGGUAGACCGUCUACAGUACUUACUACUUCUCUUCUGGGUGCUGCAGUUCUCUACCUUGGAAAUCAUGAAUCUUGUCGGACAGAUAAAGUGACAACUGUGAAAACAUUGAUAGUAUAGCAUGACAGAUUUUCCUUGGAACCUCGGGUGGAAUAACAGACUUCUUUGGGGGCAUCAGACAAACGUGCACACACUCUGGAGCGACGUUAAAGGAGUUGAUCUGUGCCUCUCCAACAUGAUAAAAAAUGAACACUUGCAACUUUGGAGCUGUGAAAGUCGUUUGUCUCGUGGCUCUUUAGGAUGAUGUUCGGGAGUUCAACAAAGGAAGGUGUCGUGGAUUGCACCUCCCUAAGCCUUUAUCCUGUUAAACUGCGGCAGCCGUCAGUCUGACUAUGGGAUGCCUCAGUCAUUUUCUUUCUUCACGCAUUCAAAUGAGUUCAUUGUAGAUAUGUUAGACGUUAUACAUACACAUCUGUGUGCAAGCUUGAAUUAAUCGUGGAAGAAAGGAAAACACACUUUGCAAAGAAUGCCUUGAAGGUGUGGAAUAAAGAUCUUCAGAGUCCUGUUAAACUGUAAGUUAAGUGGAAGCUCGUAGGUGAGGCCCCAUCCAGGAAGGGAGAACCUUGUCUUAAAUCCUGUUUUUAGGGGAAAUCAGAGCCCAGAAAUUAAAUGCUUGCUUUUUUCCCCUUUUUAUAGUGUUUUGUUUGACCUAACAUGAGUGUUAUCCGCACUGCAGCGUGACCCCAGAGCACAGGUACAAAAGUGCCCCAUCUGAAGGAAAGCUAAGCCCCUUCAUUUCAUUGUUUUACUACAGGCGUGCUAAAGAUUUUAAAAUCAGGUCUCCGUUAAAGGCAAACCCUUUUUAAUCCUUUAGCUUUUCAUACAUUUCAUGCAGAUUGCUAUGAGGUCAGUGCAGUCUAUUCUUAAAUUCAGAUUCAUACACGUUUUAAUACAUGAAGCCCGAGUUUAGGAGUUAACCAAGUAAGCAAGAGACAUUGCUACCAAUAAGGUCUUCUGCGUUUUAUGCUAUUUGUUCAGCAGCAAGACUCAGGAUGUCCAUGCAGAUUAUUUUGCCUGCAUUUCUGUGGGUGUAAAAACUGUUCAAUUCCUCGUCAAAGGAACAUGUGUUGCAUUUUACAACUUUUAGAUUUUUGUUGUUUUCUGACUCAGCAUUGGGUCUUUUACUUUUCUGUCUUAUGGCAUUGUAUUUCCUGCAUGUUUACUGGUGGGAAUGAACGAGUCAGAGGUCACUCUUCAUCACCACACAAAGAUAACAGUAACACAACAACAAUUGCAAUACUAAUCUAGGUUUCCCCCGACUAGCCACUUUGUCAAACUGUUUAAAUGUGAAGAUGAGUUGUACUAUUAUGUUUUACUGUGGAUAACAUUUUUCGUUUGCAAACCAGUGUGCAAUAACACCGUGUGAUCCAUGCAGUGUGUGAAAUGGGUUAUAUGGAGCUACAAAAUAAUCACCCAAGAUGCUGGUGUGGCCUGCAGUUCAUUUAAGUUUGUUCAAAAAAAGGUUUAAGGUGCGUUUUCAGUUUAUUGCACAAAUCCUUUACGUGAUAUAAAUGUGUGUGUGUGUGUAUAUAUAUAUAUAUAUAUAUAUAU